AUGGCCCGUGAUCUUGUCACAAAGUUAAUGCCGUCAGCUAUUCCCUCCACUACUCAACCCACCUCAUCGCAGAAGUCAAAUCUAAUUGCAAAGUUAUAUCAUGCGGUCAGUGACCAAGCGAACUCAACAUCCACUUCUUCGGAAAUCUCAAGAUAUCUCUCCGAGUACUACGAUCCUUCAACGAACGAAUCGGUUGAGGAGUAUUGGAAAAGAAAAAGAUUCGAAUACCCCGGACUGUACUCAGCAGCACUUUUCGUUUUUUCGAUUGUUCCCAGUGAAGCCAUGUGUGAGACUACGUCAGCACUGCGUCGUUUUUGUUAG